CAUUGGCUGCAGAGAAAAGCCUCGAAGGGUCUGAAGAAGUUGUUCAGUCAUACAAACACAGCUGUCCUUGUCCAGUCUGCACACUUGCACCCCUGUGAGCCGACACUUUGAAGCUACGUACUCGCACGGUGUGCGUGAGCAGGAGAGCCCCAGGUGAAGGCUGGAACAGCUGUCCGGUUUCUCCACCCCGUGGUAUCUGAACGGCUAGCUUCGUUAGCUAACAGCGUGUUUAUUGGCUAAAAUGAACGGUUUCCAUAACAACUCGCUCAUUGAUGAAGACUGCUUCCUCUUCACGUCCGAGUCCGUCGGAGAGGGACACCCAGAUAAGAUUUGUGACCAAAUCAGUGAUGCCGUGUUGGAUGCUCACCUCAGACAAGACCCCGAUGCCAAAGUAGCAUGUGAGACUGUUGCGAAGACGGGGAUGAUCCUGCUGGCGGGGGAGAUCACCUCCAGGGCCAAUGUUGACUACCAGAAGAUUGUCAGGGACACAAUCAAACACAUAGGCUAUGACAACUCCUCCAAAGGCUUUGACUAUAAGACCUGCAAUGUGCUGGUGGCUUUGGAGCAGCAGUCCCCCGACAUUGCUCAGGGUGUUCACCUGGAUCGAAAAGAGGAGGACGUGGGAGCCGGUGACCAGGGUGUGAUGUUCGGAUAUGCCACUGAUGAGACGGAGGAGUGCAUGCCCCUCACUAUUGUCCUGGCUCACAAGCUCAACGCCAAGAUGGCUGAAUUGCGCCGAAAUGGAACAUUGCCGUGGCUCCGACCCGAUUCCAAAACUCAGGUGACUAUUCAGUACAGACCGGAUCAAGGAGCCAUGGUGCCGUUGCGUGUCCACACCAUUGUGGUCUCAGUGCAGCACGAUGAGGCUGUAUGUUUGGAUGAGAUGCGCAAAUGUCUGAAGGAGCAGGUGGUGAAAGCUGUGGUUCCCAGCGGCUACCUCGAUGAGGAAACCGUAUACCACCUGCAGCCCAGUGGACGCUUUGUCAUUGGAGGACCGCAGGGUGACGCUGGUCUGACUGGGCGUAAGAUCAUUGUCGAUACUUACGGUGGCUGGGGUGCUCAUGGAGGCGGAGCCUUUUCUGGGAAGGACUACACAAAAGUAGAUCGCUCUGCUGCCUAUGCUGCCCGCUGGGUGGCCAAAUCUCUGGUGAAAGCUGGGCUCUGCAAGCGCGUGUUGGUCCAGGUAUCCUAUGCUAUUGGAAUCGCCCAUCCACUCUCCAUCUCCAUCUUCCACUUUGGGUCCUCCCAGAGGAGCGAGAAGGAGCUGCUGGAAAUUGUGAAGAAGAACUUUGACCUCCGUCCUGGAGUCAUCGUGAGGGAUCUUGACCUGAAGAGGCCAAUCUACCAGCGCACAGCAGCUUAUGGUCACUUUGGCCGUGACUUCUUUUCAUGGGAGGUGCCCAAGAAGCUGAAAUACUGAACCCCUCCUCCGAUCCUUGAACGGGCCUCAAGUGUACUACAGAUACACCUGUCUGUCUACUUCCCUCCUUUCUCCUCCCCCUCCCCCCUCUUUCUGCUCACACACACACACACACACAGCCACAUCACCACAGCCUCUACUUCAUAAAACAAUGUCCUUUCUCCACCUCUUAGUUUUCUACACAUCUUUAUGAGAUAACAAAAGUAUUUCAGUUGCAGAUAUUAAGUUGAACAAGCAUGUUGGAUACAUUGUGCGUACAGAUUUGAGCAGUGCUGCCAGCUUCUAUUCAACUUUGGGACACUGCUAGUUAUGAGUGGAUCUCUGCAGUAUAUAUUUAAACCAUAUUUAUAGCAAGAUUACCAAAACAAGCAUUAACCAGUAUUGAUGGUGUUUUGUAAGACAUUUCUGGUAUUCCUCAGCUUUCUAAAUUCAGAAUCUCACUGAAGUUUAUUUAUAUAAGUGAUCAGUGGUUGGAAUCCUAUGUCGCUUUUUCUUCAAUGGCAACAUGUUAUUUUCCAGUUUAGCACUCCAAAACCAUCAGCUGCGUUCCCCUCAUACCCUUCCCCUUUGUUUUUGAAAUUUUGAUGGAACUAAGAGGGCCAAAUUCGUCUCAAUUUAUACGAAACAUUUCCUAAUUUGUGCUGUCCCUUCAGGCCAUUUUUUUUCUGACGUUUUACAGAGAAGUCAGAAGCUGCUAAUGACCUUGUGGUUAUGUUGGGCUGCGCGAUGAAAUCACUCCAUUUUUGUAAUUUAUUUUGUAGGUUUAAUGUCAUGUGAAUGUUCCAUAAAAUGUUAAAUGUGUCAAUCUUCUACUGACCAAGAUAAAGGCACGGUGCAGUACUCGCUUCCCCCUACCUGGGACUGACUCUGGGUGUAGCUACAGAGAAACCCGGCUCAGUCGCCUCUGGACAGGGGCUGCUUUCAUCACACGGCAAAAUCGUAUUUUAAUUUGGAGAAUGGCGUUUGACUGUUUGUGGGACCUAGCGGUUUGACCAGCAAGGAAGGACAACUGAGUGACGGUCGCACAUGUUUAGUGUCCCGACACGUUAUGAGUCACUGCACUUAUUGGCAAGACCCGCCCUGUGAAGCCGGUUUAGACGGAGACGAUUAGUUAAGGUCGGGCAUAUAGCUCGAGGAUUUAGGGUCAGGAUAACCAAUUGGUCAGACCAUAGGACCCGAACAAAUCCGGUUACCAAGUACCUCGUCGAGCAUGGACGCCUGGCCAAUCCUACCGCUUGAACGCUGCACAGGCCGGGUCUUGCCAAGAAGAGCAGUGUGAUUCAUAAUCGGGCCGUCCUGACGCCUUCGGUCUCACCCGCACACGACAUGAACAGUGGACUGGCACGGAAGAACAUGACGAGUAGAGCCAAAGACCGACCAACACAGUAACACAGUCAGCGUAGUGAAUGUAACGCAUCGUAUUACUGCUCAGAAGAGUUAGUUUUGUACUCAUGAGGACGUGGGACCAUGUGAAAUGAUUCACAAACACAAUGGAAUAUGUUUCUGUUAUGUUUGUGGAUUUUGAAUCUUCCACUGGAACUGAACGGCAACGUUUGCUCUCACAGUCACCAAGAGUGGAAAAGGCCUCUAUUUUGAUGUUCAAUGUAUAGCAGUUCCAAAAUGAAUGUUGAGCUUGCAGCUGAAGCGUUUCUUUUUUAAUUUAUUCAUUUACUUUUUUAGUAAAGUAGUUUUUAAAAAAACAUUCUUUACAUUAUACCCAAUGGAUGGCACAAGUCUGAUACUUCCUGAUUAGUUCACUUAAAGCGAUGCAGAGUUGUCAGGGUUGUCCCUGCCAUUGUUCUUUUUAAGGCUUUUUGUCGAGAGCUUAGUGAGGAAAUUCAGAUGGACAAAAGAUGUGUGCCAAGGACUUGAAUACACAGUAUAUGCCUCAAAUGCUUCCCCAGUUGCCCUCCUCCUUGACAUGCAUCCUCACAAUAUAGUUGCAGAGAUGAGCCUUAGCCAGCGGUGAGGUAUCUUAAAAUCACCACGGUUGGUACUUUGUCCUCGCAUAAAAUGCUGAAGUUAAUAUUUUAUGUUUUCUACUCUGAUAACACUGAUAUCUCGUCUUGACUCUCACCUCGAGUGUACUGCAGAGAAAGCUUAGAUAGGAUCCGUUGGAGUGGCGCUGAGAGCAUUUCAAGUCUGAGUGGUCAUCAAUAUGUUUGCAUCCUCUAGCUCAUCCACAGAAGAGACAAAUGAUCGGUUGGUGUUGUACAGAGAAACCAGCCUGUUUACAUGGUCUCCUGUGGGGGGGGGUGUCGAGCUGCAUUUUUUUUGUUGAAUCAUUUUUUAAAUGAUCAGAAGUAAGUCUGUUAGUGUGGCUGCUGAAUGUGAAAAAGUGCCUUUUCUCAUUUUCUGCAACGCCCUUAUCCCCUACCUCAAAUACCUAACUCCUUACCUGCUGACUUCUCCCCCGGUGUCUACCCUGAGGUUACUCUUCAAUAACACUUACUGAGGAGUCUGAUUUGUUGUUUCUCUCUGAAACCCUUUAAAAAUAAACUGCACUCUUCUUUGUGGUCAUUGGCUUUUGGCUGUUUAUUUUGUAUCAUAAAGCAGAUUCGAGUGAUUUCAUGUCUCGGUGUACAUUGAAAAAUUAUCAUUUGUAUAUGAAGGUUCUGGCCAACAACAAAUAACAAUGUUGUGUAUAUGGAAACCAAAAUGGUAAAACAAGAUGGCAGAAGUAGGUAUCAAUGCGAUUAAGCUCUAAAGAUGAUCACAUCCUCGGGUAGAAUAUAAAUUGACACAAAACCUUGAGUAGUUUCUAUUCUAGUUUUUAUACUUGUGUUGAGUAACAGCAGUGACUACUCUCUACACACCUUUACGCUCAAUAAUUCACGCUUACUUCUUUACGUUAAAACUGCAAAUA